AUUGACGUGGAUUGCAACCGUUACAUAUCAUUUCUGCACAUACACCCGAACUCUUCAACCUGAGAGGAAGAAAGAAAGAAGGAAAGAAAGAAGGAAGGAAGGGGAGGAGUUUGUGAAGCCGUUGUCUGUCGUAAUCUCUCGCUCCAUGGAUUUUUUUUAAUUCUUAAGAUUCUCAUUGAUGCCUUCAUUGCCGUGGUGGGUCUACAUACAGCUACACGAUCCGAGUCCGUCUUGGAGGAAUUGCGUGUGAGAGCGUUGAGUUGGGUGAUGUGAGUUUGUAGUGGAGCGUGUGAGAUCUGUGGGUUGUGUGAGUUUUGAGGAGUUGUUGUUUCAUGGUGGGUUGUGGGUCGGAGUUGUGGGAAUCGUGAAGGUAACAGAGGAUUGAAUUGAAUUGGUGAGAAGGAAAACCCCUUUGAUGGCAUUUUCGAUGAGUGCAAGAGUGGCGACAGGCGUUGGCAGUGGAGGUUGUUGCAUGUUGGGUGCGUCGGUGAGAGCGUUGAGUGUUGCGACGACUGUGAGCCCGCGCGUUCCUUGUGGUGGAUUGUGUGUAGGGGAGAGUAGGGAUUUCCACUGUGGUGUGAAGAUCCCGCCUGUGUUUCGUGAUUCUUCUCUCUUUUCUAGGUGGGAUGCGAGUCCGCUCAGGAAGAACAGACAGAUGGUGCGUCGGGAAGGCUCUUCGGUCGCCACGAAUGCCUUGCGUACGACUGCGGACUCCGGCCAGCAAGAAGUACAACCGCCGGUGCCAUUGAUGCGGAGUCUCUUGUCGGCAAUUGUGAGACCUUAUUUAACGAAAAACCCCACAGCUGUGGCCGCUCUCGAUCUCAUUCGGAAGCACGAUGGCGGGCCCGUCUGUUAUGACCAUUUUGCAUUCCGAACGUUUGGGGUUGAUGGAUGUGGAAUAGAUGCUAUGUCUCAAGUGUUCCUUGAUCUUGGGUACAAAGUCCGUGAUGAGCUGCGAUUUCCAGCCAAAAAGUUGCGUGCGCUCUGGUUUUCACCACCUGACCAUCUGCUGGACAUGGAUGGUAGUGAAGCCGAUGGUCCCCUCCCUCGAAUCUUUAUCUCUGAAAUUAUCGUAAACCAACUGAGCAGUGAGACCCAGGAAAUCAUAAGGCGGUAUACUAGUAAGUCGGGCUCUAUCUCUAAGCAUGCGGCUACUGCAAGCGUGCUGAAUUCUUUGACGUGGCCCACUCCUCACUUAUCCGACUAUCACGCUCUUGCAAAGGAGAGCGAAUACGCAGCGUGGACACUGGUGAAUGGCUACGCACUAAACCACACCACUGUGUCUGUGCACCGGCUUGGAUCCCUUCGAAAUAUUGAAAAAUUGAAUGACUUUCUCCAGGAGAAUGGCAUCAAGCUCAACAGUGAAGGAGGCAUAUUGAAAGUCAGUCCAGACGGUGGACUGCAGCAGAGCUCAUCGGUUGCUGAUACAGUGACUUUUACAUUUGCUGGCGGUGAAGUGGAACAAGUUCCUGCAUCAUACAUUGAAUUUGCCGAGCGCCUUGUCCUUCCCAUUCACAGCGACCUGGAUGCAGAUCAGAUCCACGAAUGGCAUCGUCGAGAUGGUUUCGAAGUGGGCAACGCUGAUAAAAUAUUUGAAAGCACUUCCUCGGAUCAAACUGGGAUGCGCAAUCGUUAAAAAGUUGCGUGGAAGUAGGAAUAAGUGCCCGCAUGUGUUGUGACUUGUAUUCAUACUGUAAUUAAAACUUUAUUAAUAUUUCUCCUCACAUUCCUCUCA